CGCGCCAUCUAAAGGUGGGCGAUACCGGCAUCUCCUCCAAGGCCAUGGGCAUCAUGAACUGCUUCGUGAACGACAUCUUUGAGCGCAUCGCCUGUGAGGCCGCUCGUCUGGCUCACUACAACAAGCGCUCCACCAUCACUUCCAGGGAGAUCCAGACCGCUGUCCGCCUGCUGCUGCCCGGCGAGCUGGCGAAGCACGCGGUGUCUGAGGGAACCAAGGCCGUGACCAAGUACACCAGCUCCAAGUAAACCUGCUGGAGAC